AUGUUUCAUUCCGCAAGCUCAAGCAUCUGUAAAAAUCCACCAGGUCGUAAGGUGAAAUUUUCCUGGAGAGGAGAUUCGUCAUGUCAGGCUGUCUUAUGUGUCACACCAUCUGACACUUUAGCGCUGGUUUUAUCCCAUGACGUAGUGGUCGAAAUAACACUCAACAAACAUAUUCGUAUUUGUCGCAUUGGUGGUGUUGCGGCUACUAUUUGCAGUGGUGGACGAGUGGCUGCUAUACAUCAUCCAUCCGUUGAAAUUGUCCAACAAGAAACACAGGUGUUGUUCGAUAUGGUACAGGGUCCACGGGUUCGGGCUAACAGUGAUACUGUCCACGUGUUUGAUGUGAAGGGAACAGAUCCACCGACACGAGUGCAUUCUAUAACGAAACAGGAAGUGUUAAUUCAUGAAAAUGUCACCGUAGCAAAGGACAAAUUUUGUUUACGUCGCGAUAUUGACGCUACAGUUGCGCUAUUUCUGGACGAUGACGGUGGUAGUGACGUAUUUGGGAUCUAUGAAGAUAAGCAUGAGCGAUGCAUGCUGGCAGCACGGCAGGCAAAUGUAGAUCAGAAGGGUAAUCAGCUGAAUGCAAUCGUUCAAGGGGUUAAAGUGAAGCAUGAUAUGGACAAUGGCGAUACGAGGAUUUACUGUGGACGUAAUUUCAUCUCACUAUGUGUAUCUACGCAUGCUUUAACGUUGCAUUCCCCGUGGAUCGAUAUUAAUGUUGACCGCUGGUCACGCACGCGUCUACGUCGAGGUGAACAAAUUAUUGAAACGAGUAAAAAUCAAUUAAGAAUCAGUCAAAACACAACGCAUGCAGAUUUCACAUUAAGUUCUUCUGAAACCGCUGAUGAAUCGUUGUCAAAUGAAGCGAAAGAUGGCGACCUUUAA